AUGGGAGGAAGCAAACACCGGCACAGCAAGGACAAAUUGUACCUUUUGCACACCGAGCUCGAAAGCUCCCUGGACCCGAAAUUACGUGCAAGGGUAGGAGAGCUGCAGCCACUGGACGCUUGUGCCCUGAGCCUCCAACCGUUCAGAAAAGCGGUCUGCUCUCCCCAAGGACAUGUAUUUGACGACUCAAACAUACGUGAAUAUAUCACCUUGCAUGGCACCAAUCCAGUGAACGGCGAACCGCUGCAGAUCAACCAACUCGUAGAGCUCCACUUCACCAGGGAUGAGAACAACGAGCUCCAAUGCCCACUUUCAUUCAAAAGGUUCACCCCAAGCUCACACGUUGUGGCAGUGCUUGCAUCGGGUUAUGUCUACGGGCACGCUGCCCUCAAGGAUAUCGCGAAGAAGCAGAAGGAUGGAACCAUGAGCGACCCUAUGACAGGCGUUCCGUUCACCAAGGCAGACGUUGUAACGCUCCAGGAUCCACAUAACACGGAGUGGCGAAAAAUAGCCAACUUCAAACAUAUCGCAGCCACCUUCGCCAGGAGCGACAAGGACGCCAAGGGCGAAAUCAGGGGCAACUCACUCUAUCGCAACACUAUAGACAAGUUCGACGGCGCAACUGAUCUCGUGGAGAACCACUCCAAAAUAUUUAACGCAGCAAACAAAGACAACGCGGCGGACCGACCGAAGCACGCCAGGUUCACCACCAGCGGGCAGGCAAGCAGCUUCACAUGCACGGCCAUCAACCCCUCCUACGCCACGCAGUACAGGCCAAUGACGGUGUUCGAGGUCAGAGAGCCGUUAUACACUAUGGUCAAAAAGCAAAAGCUGAAGGCAUACGUAAAACUCGUCACCAGCGACGGGGACCUCAACUUUGUGCUCCACUCGGAUCGAGUGCCGAUGACGUGUGACAAUUUCCUGCAGCACUGCGAAGACGGAUACUACAACAACACCAUAUUCCACCGGUGCAUACCCAACUUCAUAAUACAAGGGGGCGAUCCUACGGGCACGGGAGGGGGGGGUGAAAGCGCCUUCCACACCAGGGCAAAGCGCAACAACCCGAAUGAAGAAGUUCCGAAGUACUUCAAAGACGAGUUCGACAAUACGCUCUUUCAUCUGGGUGCCGGAGUGCUAUCCAUGGCCAACAAGGGAAAGCACACCAACGGAUCGCAGUUCUUCAUCACGUUCAACACCUGCGACCACCUCGACCAAAGGCACACAGUUUUCGGGAAACUCGUGGGGGGCAUGGAUGUGCUCAAAAAGUGGGCCAACCUGAAGGUGGAUGACGACGAACGACCAAAGCAGCCGCCGAAAAUUCUCAAGGCUGUAGUUUGCUCAAACCCAUUCGACACCGUGGCGCAACAGAUAAAGGACGAGGAGCAACGUGAAGCCACCAAUAACAAGAGGAGACUGUCCAGCACGACACGCAACUGGAUUGUCAACCCACAGCUACAACUACAAAGCGCCGAAGCAACUGAAAGCAAACAAGUCGGGCACCUGCUAGACAAAAAGUUGAAGGUCGACAAAAAGGGCGCACGUAACUGA